GGUUCCUUCCACUAAUGCCGAGUGCGGCAGUCGUGUCGCGUUUGUACUCGAACCUCAAAAGGACGGUUCCUCCUGCAACAUCCCUGAAUCUGACGAGGGCGAGUCCAGGUGAAUCGACGUGAACCUCCGAAGAGAUUUCCGACCAGUGAGCCAGAGAAUGGAUGGUCAUCGGGCGUCGCGUUUUCUGGCGCUCGCGGCAUCGAUGAGCCUGCUCCUGGCCACGUACACACCGGGCCACGUAGCCGGCUCGGGAGUGCUGCAGAUACGCGGUAUACCAGUGGCAAAGAACUCGUUGUACCGGCCGGACCGCGAUUUCGAGUGCCUGGACGGCAGCCGGCUGAUAUCUUUCACCCGGGUGAAUGAUGACUACUGCGACUGUGGAGACGGCAGUGAUGAGCCUGGGACAGCGGCGUGCGCCAACGGUGUCUUCUACUGCGACAAUGCCGGUCAUAAGCCUGCCUACAUACCGUCAUCCUGGGUGAACGACGGCGUGUGCGACUGCUGCGAUACAAGUGAUGAGUACGCGUCCAGAGUGGAGUGCAUCAACAACUGCAACGAGUUGGGCCGAGAGGCCCGUUUGGUGCAACAGAAAGCGGAGCAGUUGGCACGAGAGGGUAACAAGCUGCGUGUAGAGCUAGUGGCCAGAAGUAAGACCAUCAAGACCGAGCACCAGUCACGUUUGGCCAAGCUGAGAACGGAUUACACAGAAGCGGAGUUAAUCAAGAAGGAAAAGGAGCUGUUGAAGAAGCAAGCCGAGGAACUGGAGAGCAUAGCGCUUGAGAAGUACAAACCCAUCGAAACAGAACAACCGGCAACUGAGGAAGCCAUCGGAGAGGAGGAAGAGGAAGAUGAGGACUUGAGCGUUUCUGAAGUGGAAAAUUAUUUCAAAAUGCUGGAUUCGGACUCCAGUGGUACUGUAACGCUAGUGGAACUGCAAACCAGAGCUACAUUUGACAAGAACAGGGACGGUGUCGUAUCAGAUGAAGAAGCGCUGUAUUUCCUUGGCGAUAAGAAGGAAGUCACUCUACAAGAGUUUACAGAUAACGCAUGGGCAAACAUCAAGCCUUUCUUGAUGUUGGAACAAGGUAUAUUCAAAGCAGCAAAGGAGAAAGGAGAGAUCAAGGAGCAUCAGCCUAUGGAAGACUUGGAUCACGAGAAGGAAGAAGAAGUUCCUGAUGGAGAGGAAGAGGAAGUACCUGAAGAGGAACAUGAGAAGGAAUCACCAGAACCGGAAGUUCAAUACGACGAGGAGACGCAAGCACUCAUCGAUGAAGCUACCAGUGCUCGCGAACGUUUCCAAGAGGCAGAGAAGGCCAUCAACGAGUUGCAGUCGGAGAUCAGACAGUUGGAGGAGAAGCUGGGCCGUGAUUACGGGCCUGAAGAAGUGUUUACGUCGCUUGACGGCGAGUGCUUCGAAUACACGGACUUGGAGUACAUUUACAAACUGUGUCUGUACGCCAUGGCAACCCAGAGGUCCAAAUCCGGUGGUAGCAGCGUCAAUCUUGGCCACUGGAACGAAUGGGUCGGACCGACCGGUGCCGAAUACACUAAAAUGAAGUACGACCGAGGCCUCACUUGUUGGAACGGCCCGGCUCGUUCCACGAUUGUCACUUUGUCGUGCGGAACGGAAAAUAAGCUCGUGUCAGUAACGGAGCCGAGUCGCUGCGAGUAUGCCAUGGAGUUCUCCACGCCGGCGCUCUGCAACCCUAACGCAGCGGAGACUGCCGACAAGCACGAUGAACUGUAAACUCGUGAAUUUGUAUAGUAAAAUGAAAACGCGAUUAGUCGCACAUACAAUGUGAAUGUCAGGCACUUAAGUUCUUUCGGUGGACCGCGAGAUGCGAGCAUCGAGUUGCAAGGAUCGAUAAGAAAUAACGUUGAAAUAAAAAGUUCUCUCGCAAGUAUUUCCAAUGCAAUCGCGAUUAGUAAUGUAGCUAGUAAUCUUCUUUAUUUCAAUGAAUAUCUGUCCUCCGGUUGGGAUCCAAUACUACUUUUCUUUUUUGUUUCCAGAAUAGCUAUAGCAGUCAUUACCGUUUAGCAUUUAGGCGAUGGAGUUCCACAGAGAUUUCGAGACACUAUCGGUUGUCGUAACCUUUUUAAUAUCAAAAUUUGUACUCUUUUAAAGAUGAAAUAAGAUCACUACCAUGGAUAAAAUACAUUGUCAACGGAGCCUAGUCAUGUGUUGGUUUGAUCAAAAAAUUCAAUUGCUCUUACAUUAAUAAAUCGUGGAUCGUUCGAAAUCGUUAUAUCCCAUUGAUAUGUUAUAUAUUUUACCGACCAUUAUAAUUCGCAUAUCAUCGGUCCACAAUAUGUUAAUAAAAAAAGACGAAAAAAGUCCUUGAUCAACCUAAUACAAUACAUGAAUAUAUAUCAUUUAAAUAAUAACUUCAGUAACUUCGGUACUUUGAAAUAAGAAUGAUAAAUGUAUUCAAAUGUUUCCGCUGAAAUGUGCCACUAUGUACGUAAAUUACAACGAUUAUGAUCGCGAUCAAUAAUUCGUCCUUGCAUCCGAGAAGUUGCAUAAUAUUGAACAAAAUUCGCUAGCGAUAAAGUAAUUAUCUAGAAUCUUAUCCUGUUUCGUGAAACCACAGAGACCACAUUGUUACGCGCGAAUUCAUUACCAACGUGUUAAAAAAAAAUUCGCUGUUACAUUCCUCUUUUUGUACGUACACGAAGUGUUUCUACGUGUCUAAAAAUAUAUAAAAUCGUGAUGUAACGUCGUGAGUGACGUAAAAAAUCUAAAUGAGACGUACUUUGUAUUACUUAGUACACAUGGCGUUACAAAUGUCUUAACACACGAGUUGCACGAGUAUCGGAGAAGGAAUGAGAAAGAAUGAGAAAGCAUGAAAAGGCAUAUUAAAACGUUUGUGACGCCGUGUGUACAUACUUCGUACCGAUAUGAGAAAAAAAAAGAAUCCACACCUUUUUCGGGAUUCCAUUAGCCACACGUACGUAUAGAUGAUGUCCUAAUGUUCCGCAUUAUACACUUAAGUCGGUGAUUUUGUAAUUUUUUAAGGACGCGCCACGAAAAUGGCGCGAAUACUGUGGGAUGUGCAUGUAAUAAAAAAAGAGAAAGGGAUUCUGUUGUCGAACCGUAAUUUGCGAUGGCAGCUUUAUUUACAUCAAUGGAAAGAAAAUCUGUUGAGUGUAAAUGCGCGCGUGUAUGUAUGCCUGUGUGUAGAAUUUCUCUUGUUAUUCUGUAUAUUAUUAUAUAUAAUAUUACAGUGACGUGGUGGUUAAAAUCCAGUUUUCUCUGUUUUACUCUAAGAGACAAUCUCUGCAUCUUUCGGGAUCCGAAACGUACGUCCAUUAUCUGAAUAACUAAAUAGGGGGGGGUUGAUAUUUCCCGCAUUUCCUAUAUUUCAGUUCCUCGAUUGAUUCGGUAAGGCACUUGAAAGGCUA